AUGACACAACUCCUGCGAAAGACGACUCUGGUUGCUGCAUGUGCAUCGGUAGAGCAGGCUAGGCAAGUACGGAUGCAAGCAGAAGAUGAGCUAAGUCGUUGGUACGAUGCUUCCCAUGAGAAGGUCCUAGCAGGAGCCGAUCCGCCAAGGCUUGUGGAGAAGGUUAAAGCGCUUGCAGCUCGAUCGUUCGACCAGGCGGUUGCCGACGUCCCUGAAGCUGUGGCACAGGAUCUGACAAGCCGGUUGAAGGCUUUGGUGAACUUCUCGCCUGUCAUGCUGUUCAUGAAAGGAUCCAAAGUGGAGCCCUUUUGCAAGUUCUCGAAGCAGGCGAUCGCAAUUUUGGAGAAGCACAGCAUCGAGUACUCCACCUUCGACAUUUUGCAGGACGAAGAUGUGCGUCAAGGCCUUAAGGACUUCUCCGACUGGAAGACAUAUCCUCAGCUGUACGUCAACGGAACCCUUUUAGGUGGCGUUGACAUCUUGAAGGAAAUGGAUGAAGAUGGCUCACUACUUGAGGCUGUUGGAGUCACCAAGGAGCAGCCGCUUCAGGAGAGGCUCCAUGGAUUGAUUAACCAGGCUCCCGUCAUGCUCUUCAUGAAGGGCACUCCAGAUGAACCGCGGUGCGGAUUUUCCAGGAAGGUUGUCGGCCUGCUUGGCGAACAUAGCAUCAAGUAUGACAGCUUCGACAUUCUCUCUGAUGAGGAGGUUCGACAAGGACUCAAGGAGUACUCCAACUGGCCGACGUACCCACAGGUCUAUGCUGGAGGGAAGUUGGUUGGUGGAUUGGACAUUCUGAAGGCAGCUGAGAGCAGGGCUGAGAACUCGCUGAUGAAGGCUCUCUGCUGGAGGCUGGGAGUGCCAAGCAAAGUCCGGUUCAGGGAGUACUUACCUCCGACGACCUUAGACUGUCGGGACUGCCUCCGCGCAAAAGUGGUGCCUCUCGACCCAGGUCCGCCCGUCAAUGCUCGCGGCCCGGACUUUUGUCAUCCUGAUCGAACGGAGCCGCCAGCACUAACCGUUGACACUCGGAAGCUGGCAAAAAAGCUGUUCGGCCAUGCUGUGCAUGACUUGGAGGCCGGAGCUGGGGCAUCUCCGCAGGCAUCACAAGCUCCGCUCUUGCGAAUCCGGGCCGGCAUCGAGGCAGGUAAUCAUGCCGAAGUCAUGGCAGGUGUCCGAGAGGCCGACCAGCAAGGGGUUGUGCUGGCCCAAAACGUGCGGGACAUGAUCAGCCAGUGGCUAUCAGUUCGCCUUGCUUGUUGCUGGCCUGAGAACCCAUCUCCACCUGCUCCACCUGCGUCUGCUCCAGAGCCAGCACCUCCUCCAGGACCCCAGAGCAAACCAAAGGAACCUGCGGCUCCGGCAACUACUGCCGAGCAGCUUCGCAGUGCCCUGUUGAGGUUUUUCGAGCUCGCCCCGCAGGGCAGCGAUGGAGCCGCUGGGCUGGGGAUUAUAGAAGGAGAUGAUGGACGCAGGUAUUUGCCGUUGCCAAUGCUGGGCCGGGCUGUCGGCAUCACUGGGGAGGACUUUGAGGUUGCCAUGAAAGCAUGGAAUGUAGUCAAUGAGACACCGCCGGGCACCUUCAUGAUGACGGAGGAUGCGCGAGCAGUUGGAUUGGUUGAAUGGGCAGGAUGGGAGGAAUUUGCAAGCUCCCUGGAUGUUAUCGUGAAAGGGACCCGGGAUCCGGCUUUCGAGCCGAGGUCCAUUCAGGGGCAUGUGGCUCGAGCUGCUCGUGGAGCUGUGCGGUCAGGGCCACUGCGACAACCAGAUGUGCUGCGAAGACUUCAGGAGCUCUCAUCCGAGAAUCUUCCUGAGGAUGCAGCUCCCGCUUUGAGAAGCGCAAUUCUUCGAAGAGCUCGACUUGCCCUGGCGUGCUUGGUCGAUGCCAUCGCUUCGCAAGGUCUUGGACCUCAGGCAGGCGUGGACUCCAUGGGAUUAGUGGGACAGCUUCCCAGGACUUUGUUCGGCAUCAUUUUCGACAACAUUGACGAUCGAGAUCGUGGAGCGUGUGCUUUCUUGGGGGAGAUUCUUCAGUCCUGGGAUCGUCGACGGUGCUUCUCAAAGCGCUGGCUGCAGGAUGCUGCAGGAAAGUUCUCUAUGCCAAAAGGGCCAAACUCCGAGCGGGACGAAAGACGCGGCUGGUACGCGUUGACUUCGGAAAACCUGCACAAAAAGCCUGCCGAGGAGGAGGGAGGUGCUGCAGGAAAUGCUCCGACAUUCUUAAGCACGGAUGAUGCACCGCGCUCGGAGGCUGUGCCACCAGAACCAACGAAGAAGGAUUCGCGGAGGACGGAGACGAGGUCGCGGAAGAGCCGGAGUCGCAGCCGUCGGAGAAGUCGGAGCCGGAGAAGUCGCAGCCGCAGCCGCCGGAGCCGUCGGAGCCGGAGCCGUCGGAGCCCACGCAGAAGCCCAAAAAGCCCUCGCAAAGAAAAAGAGAACAAAGACAGCAAAGAGAAAGAAGCAAAGCCUCCGAAAGAGACUCCGAAAGAGACUCCGAAGGACGAGGCUCAAGCGACGCAAGCAGAAGCAGGUGCAACAGAAGGAGUUGACAGUGAAGCAAAGAAGAAGAGACGAGUCUUGCAACAAGACGACGAUGAUGAUGAGACGGUCGCGAAGCGUCUAGAGGAAAGUCGACGACGACGAGCCGCCUUGCUGGCCAAGUACCAGGAGGGCAAGGAUUAA